AUGAAAAACAGGACCAAAUUCACUGAGUUUAUUUUGAUGGGCCUCACAAAUCAACCUGAACUCCAGUUGGUAAUAUUCAUCUUUCUGAUUCUUGCGUACAUGCUAAGUGUCCUGGGAAACCUGACUAUCAUCAUACUCACUCUAGUAGAUCCCCACCUCAAGACCCCUAUGUAUUUCUUCCUCAGGAAUUUCUCCUUCUUAGAACUUUCCUUCACAUCCAUUUUUAUUCCCAGACUUCUGACCAGCAUGACAACAGGAAAUAAAGCCAUCAGUUUUUCUGGAUGCUUCACUCAGUAUUUUUUUGCUAUAUUCCUCGGGGCAACUGAAUUUUACCUCCUGGCUUCUAUGUCCUAUGACCGCUAUGUGGCCAUCUGCAAACCCCUGCACUACAUGACCAUCAUGAGCAGCAGGGUCUGCAUACAGCUUGUGCUCUGCUCCUGGCUGGGAGGAUUACUAGCAAUCUUACCCCCAAUCAUCCUAAUGACUCAAGUAGAUUUCUGUGUCUCCAAUGUGAUUAAUCACUAUUUCUGUGACUAUGGGCCUCUCCUGGAGCUUGCCUGCUCAGACACAAGCUUAUUAGAACUGAUGGUCAUGUCUUUGGCAAUUUUGACUCUUGUGGUGACUCUGGUGCUGGUAACACUUUCUUACACAUACAUCAUCAAGACCAUUCUGAGGAUCCCUUCUGCCCAGCAAAGAACAAAAGCCUUUUCCACAUGUUCUUCCCAUAUGAUUGUCAUCUCCCUGUCUUAUGGCAGCUGCAUGUUUAUGUACAUCAAUCCCUCUGCAAAAGAAGAAGGUGCUUUCAACAAAGGCAUAGCAGUGCUCAUUACUUCAGUUACACCCUUGUUAAACCCCUUCAUUUACACUCUAAGAAAUCAGCAGGUGAAACAAGCUUUUAAGGACACCAUCAAAAAGGUUGUGAUGUUUUAA